AUGAGUAAGAUUUACGGACCUGUGUACGCACUUUCUCUCGCCGGUCAAUAUUCAGUGGUUUUUACAGGGUACGACACAGUGAAAGAGGCUCUUGUGGAUCACAGUGAUGCAUUUAGUGACAGGGGAAACCUGGGCCUGAUUGAAUUGUUGUUCAAAAAUUAUGGUAAGAAUAUAUAUUAAACGUGUGAGAUACAUUCACAAACAUGAAUACAUUACUCCCUUGUAUUGCUGCCUCUGCCCUUCAAAUAUGCCACGGUACACUAAGCGACACUGUGCAUUAUAAUGGUGUCAAUUCUGAUGCCACACUGUCUCUGCUUCUUGUUAUGAUCAAUCAUCCCUGCGUCAUAUUUUGGAGCACCAAUGAUUGGCAGCAUUUCUGUGAGGCAGUUUGUGCAUGUUCUCAUUUGAACUUUGACACAGACCAAUGAAAACUGACUAUAUGAUAUUUAAAAUGACUCCUCUGUUUGCCCAUUGAACUGUUGGAUACCUGGCAGUGCGUUUAUUAUUAUAAGUCAUAACUUGUGUUUUCGAAAUCCGUUGUAUAGAAGUUGCGCCAUAGUUAGCCAAUACACUGCCUGGUUCAGAUUAAAGAGGAGUUAAAGAUGGAUGCUCCAGAAGAGCAAAUUAUGUUAGAAGAAACACUGAAUUUAUGUUUUAACUUACAAAGAGUGCAUUCAAAAUCCAAUAAUACACAUGGUUAUUACAUAUUGUUUUCAAUAAUAAUUUUAAAAAAAAUGUUAGUUUUCCUUAUUGUUAAACGGUGUGUGGAGCAAAGAAGGUUUAGCAAAGUCAAAAUUGCUGAAGAGAUGAUAUAAUUUCUGUUUCUUUUGUGAUGUUUUAAGGGAUCGCAGUGAGCAACGGGGAGCGAUGGAGGGUGAUACGACGAUUCUCGCUUUCAACUAUGAGAAAUUUUGGAAUGGGGAGGAGAAGCAUUGAGGAGAGAAUUCAGGAGGAAGCUCGUUCUCUCACAGAAGAAUUCAGAAAAUACAAUGGUUGGUAAAGGCUUUAAGCAUUCAUAUUUUAGAUUAAAAAAUAAAACAACUUAGCAUAUUACUUAGUGGAAAAUAAAACAAUUCACAAACAUUUAAGCAUAACGGAGAGUGACCAUUUGCAAUUUACAUAUUUUAAUUUCUUUGUUUUUCCCAAUGUAACUCAUAUUAUCCCAGGAAUCCAUUCACUAUAAAAAUAAUCUGCUUAAUAUAUUUUCUAAUACUCCUUAUAGACACCCCAUUUGAUCCAUUGCGCCUCCUUGGACAGGCCGUCUCCAAUAUCAUCUGCUCCAUUGUAUUUGGUGAGAGGUUUGACUAUGAAGACAAAGAUUUCAAGAACCUUCUACAAUGUUUCAGAGACCUCUUCACACAGAUGAAUUCAACCUCCGGACAGGUCAAUAAAUGUACCAUUGAUAAUUUAAGGGGAGAGAGUGAAUAUGUCCAGUUUAAUUGGUGAAAUCGUUCUUUCAGAAACUUUAAUACCAUGGUGAGAAUAAUGUUUCAUUUAUAAUAUAAUAAAAUUAUUAUAUUUAAGAUGUAUUACAUUUUCACAGUUUCUUCAAGUGUUUCCAAAUAUUCUCAAACAUAUCCCUGGGCCUCACCAGAAUAUCUUCAACAAUUUCAACAAAUUAAAACAGUUUGUUAUGGAUAAAGCAAAAUCCCACCAUCAGACUUUGGAUCCAAACUGCCCGAGGGACUUCAUAGACAGCUUCCUGAUAAAGAUGGAGGAGGUAGGGAAUUGUUGAGUUGCUUCCCAGAACAAAAUCUAUAUUAAGUUAUAUGCUGCAGUUUGAAAGGGGGUUAAUAAUUUCCAUAAAACAAACUAUUUAAAAUUUUCCCCAGGAAAAAAACAAUCCAAACACUGAAUUUCACAAUGAAAAUUUAUGGGGAACAAUGUUGGACUUGUUUGUUGCUGGAACAGAGACUACAAGUACGACACUGAGAUACGGAUUCCUGAUUCUUCUCAAGUAUCCAGAGAUACAAGGUAAAGUUUCAAUAAAAUUUCUUGAAGUACAAUUUUGCAGCAAUUACUACAAGCUUCUGGGCAUGAAGUCCAUAGGCCCAUGGUGGAAAACAACAUCACUCCCUAUGGGAGCAUUAAGGCACUUUGUUGCAGGUAAAAUACAAUUAGUAUAUGACAAUGGUUAUUUUUACCCAUUUCUUUAGCCAUGCAAUGAUGAAAGGCUGAGUAAAUCUUUGAGGGGUUACAUGCAGUGUGCUAAAGCCUAUACGUUAGCCCUUUUGGCUCUCAUAGAAUAUUGCUCUGUAAAUGUAAACAUAUCACUAAGAAUAUAUAUUUUUAUUCAAAGCAUUCUGUAUGUUUUCUUCAGAGAAAGUGCAGAAGGAGAUUGACAGUGUAAUUGGCCAAGAACGCAGCCCGUCAGUGGAGGACCGGACUAAGAUGCCAUACACAGAUGCAGUGGUUCAUGAAAUCCAGAGAUUUGCUGAUAUUGUCCCCACAGGAUUGGUCCAUGCAUCUAGUAAAGACACAACUUUCAGAGGUUAUCACAUUCCCAAGGUGAGCACAGUUUAACAAUGAGCGAAUAUUGCAUUCUAAUCAGUUUAUUGCAACUAAUCAGUUAAUAUUGCAAUCUAACCGGUAGAUACCUACUCUGAGAGCAGAUGAUUCUACGAACUUCUGAUUAUCAGCAAAUACUGUUAGUAGCUUAGCUAGAUCUUGCAGGAGACUCCUGUAUGUAAUUGUAGAUUAUGCUAACGCAGAGUACCUAUAAUCUUAAUUUUAUUAAGGACAGGAGGCUUUGUAUUUUGCAUAAUCUCUCUUUACUAAAACUCCAGCAGCACAGAUUUAACAAUAAGGUUCAGUGAAAAAAACAUUGCAACAGGGUAUAAAAAGCCCCUCCGCCUGUAUCACUUCCUCUUUCUUUGAUGCGAUAUAAUCAUAAAAACAUCCUGUAGCUCCAAUAAACAACUAUAACAAUGAAGAUUCAGACUGCAAACGAUCCGAAUCCCAAAUGGAUGAUUGUCGUAGAGUGUGAAGAAGAUCCCAUGUAUCGAUCCACGAAGAAGAAUCAAACUGAAAAGAAACAAAAGACGUGAAAGGGACUUGGAAACUGUCCCCACUUCACAAAAAGAGGGGAAUUUACCAAAUGAGACAAUAAAAUUUUUGUAACAGGAAUAAUAGGUAUUUGAGGAUAAAUACAUCAAUAUAUAUUGUCAAAUUGUACGGAAUAAGUAAUCAUAACAGAUAAUAAUCGCAAUCUCAAGUCUUCAGAAGAAGACUUCAAAAGAAUUCAAAUCUUUAUUGAAGUACAAACCAAUGAAUCACAUAAACAGGGAGGGGAAAGAAGGGUGGGAAAAUACUCACCUCCUGUCCUUCAUAAAAUUAAUAUUAUAGGUACACUGCUUUAGCAUAAUCUACAAUUUUAUAACAUGACAGGAGGAUUCGUAUUUUGUAUUUUUAAAGCUGUGGAUGAAGAGCAAAAGAAGCAUGAGAAACCUGACGGAAUGAACAAACACAGAAUGUACUCUCUAGUCCAGUCCGUGGAUCGCAAUAUGUCGGUAGAUGAAGCACACGCCGGAAAGACCUUCAAUGUGGUUGUGCCCUGAACCGAGUGAGCGCCAAAACAAGAGUCUACACCCAUUAGGAAUAUCCGCCAGCAAAAGAGAAAAUAAGAGGUCCCGACUAGCGUGUCCAUAGAGGAGUGAUCACCAAUCUGGAGGACAGAGGAAGAGCAUAGGCUCCUUGGAACGUCCAAUUCUGAAGUAAAGCGUCCACUGCCUUGUACUCUGGUUCUGGAAGCCAGCUGAAACCAUUCUGCAAUUGCCUGUUGGACCGGGAUGCAAAAUUUUCAACUGGAGCAGACCCCACAGAGUCCACAGUGUGCAGAAUAUUGAGACGUUCAGUCUCCAUCCUUUGAUGUCCCUCCAGAGUUGAGAAACCCAGCCCGCCCAAGGCAGCCAAAAUCUGUAAAUGUCCGUUGUCACCUCUGUGAGAUCCCAGGAUCAUGCUCUGCCCAAGUGGUUUAUGUAUCGAACCACCGAUAUGUAGCUAUUCCACAUCUACAUGUGAAGUAAUCACCAACGGAUUUAGGCCCUUCCUCCGGCCUUACUGGUAUGCAAUGGCCGUAAGCAUGACCCGUUCACAGAUAAUGGGCUUACAGUCAGUGCAUAGUUUUAUUGUGUAGUAGAUCUGGAAAAUCACUUGGAUGCAUGAGGACAGGAGUCCCACCACACGAGCCCAGAUUCAGAAAGGCAUGGAGUCCUUGCCCAGAGUAUGCCCGAUUUCUCAGUGAAUGGCUUUGAUUUUGUUGUGUUAGGUAAAGAACACAUUAGGUCAACUGGAUCUCGAAUUUCGGGAAUUGUAUCACCUGAGGUGGUGUUAGAGUUGAUGACCCUUUGCUUAAGAUGACUCCACAUGAUUCCAGAAGGUAAAUUACCAAUUAAGUCUUUGAGAGCAUUCUGGAGAUGGAAUCGCAGAUUGAAUACUGUUGCCCCAAUAGAGAGGGCUUAUAUCCAUGAAGUUGAACACUAGUGAGUGUAGGAGAGAGCUGAAUACUUUUAUCCAGCGCCUAUAAUCCACAAUCAUGGAAUAAACACAUCCUGUACGUUUAUUUAUGCCUCCAUUGUGCACUCACCCCCAGGGAACAGUGAUGUUUACAUAUAUAAGAAAACCUGCAGAGAAAAGCUAUGCCAGUUUGUGGGAAUCACGAACUGGCAAAACCACGAUGGCCAACGUGAAUCUCGCGAUACCGCAAGAUUCAAGAUGGCUGCUGUUCGCUCCCCCUCACUCCCCCCACCUCCAGUACCCUUGCCUUGAAGCCCAGAACCCUGUCAGUAGAGACAACGCGAUCGCAGUAAAAAGCCGCAAACCGCGCGAGGAUAGUGACAGGGGAAACACAGGGCCAGCAGAAAACAAAGAUAAAGCAAUAUUAAACUAACAUAAGGGGAGAAGGGAACAGGGGAUAAAUAACAAUACACAAAUGUUCAAAUAAAGUGCAAAUAGCUAUUACAAUAAAUGAACAGUGUGGAGCAAAUUAGUCUGACCUGUGCCUUGGCUGGAGCAGCAAAGAAAGAAGAAGUGAUACAGGGGGAGAGGCCUUUUAUACCCUGUUGCAAUGUUUUUUUCACUAAACUUUAUUGUUAAAUCUGUGCUGCUAGAGUUUUAGUAAAGAGAGAUUAUGCAAAAUACAAAGCCUCCUGUCAUGUUAUAAAAUUAAAGUUACAUUGACGGAGCAUGUUACAUCUAAUUGAAAGUGAAACCAUUUUGUUCCCAUGCAGGGUGUGUGAGUCACAGCCAGAGUAGGUGUGGUUAGGGCUACAUAAACAGAAACAAAAGUCAUUUAACUCAUAAAUGGCAGAGAAUUGAGCAGUGAGACUGUUGGAGUAUGAUCUAAAACACCAAAACUGCUUCAUUAAGCUAAAGUUGUUUUGGGGACUAUAAUAUUCCUUUAAAUAUGUCCCUGGCACUAGUCGAUCUUCAUCCUAUGAGGAACAAACCAUGAAAUGUAUGCAUUUAACUAAUCAUGUUUUUUAGGGAGCCUUACUAUUCCCGGUACUAACCUCAGUGUUAAAGGACUCCAAAUAUUUUAAAAACCCUCAUGAAUUUGACCCUGGUCACUUUCUGGAUGAGAACGGAUGUUUUAGAAAGAAUGAAGCCUUCAUGCCAUUCUCUGCAGGUAAUAGUAUGGUAUCAAUUAUAGAUAUUUAAUAAGGUCUGUGAACAUUUCCAUGUUCUUACCUUCUAUAUUAUCUUCUUCUCCAGGUAAACGUGCGUGUGUGGGGGAAGCUCUUGCUCGCAUGGAGCUCUUUCUCUUCCUCACCACCAUCUUGCAGAUGUUCACACUAAAGCCAACAUUAGACAAGAAAGAUUUUGAGAUCACACCUGAGCCAAAAAGCAAUGGUGCAAAACCUCGGACCUACAUGAUGUACGCUGUGCCUCGCUGA